ACACUUCGACCACCGAGAUGUAAACAUGGUGGUAAAAUCAAUUUUUGGAUCUGUUAUAUCAAACGUAUACAACAUUUUUCGUUCUUUAGUGGAUACUGCUUUCUACAUUAUCCUUCAAUCAACAAUUUUUUCUACUAUGGUGUUAAAUGCUGCUUUAAGUCUAUUGGUUUUGUUCGAAGAAAUCGCCAUUAUUUGUCUCCUACUUCCAUGGAUUCCUGCAAAAAGGAUAGGCAGCAUUUUCGGCUUCAUCAGAAAGCUGGGGUUCCCAGAAAAAAUAACAUUGAGCUUAUAUAUUGUGAUGGUGCUUGUAGUUAUGGUGCUAAAUCUUAUAGCUUUAGAACUGCAUUACUUACAACUCGACGAAAAUCUGCUGAGUAGUUUUGACGAGUUUAGGAAUAAUCUAUUCACAUCUCUUAAACUAUUCGUAGUAAUGCACCGUUUCUUACACCUGCUAUCAAAUGAAGCUUCACUUCGGAAAACCUGUAAGUUGUUGAAGAAGCGUCUUAAAAUCGAACAAGAUGAAGAAUUAGACGAAAAAGAUUUAGGUGAAACUGUGGAUGAUGACACUGAAGUAGACAUUUUGAGAGGCGAAUUGGAGAGGACAAGAUUAGAUCUGGAAGCAAUGAAGUUAGCAUACGCAACGUUGCAGGAGAAAAUAGAGAAAACAAAACGUACGGGGACUGGUUAAAAUGAAAAAUAUUUAUUUAUGUAAAAAAAAUGGAUUUGCGUUCUGUAAUAAAUAAAUGUUCUUUUACAGAUUUUGUUGAUUCUUCUGAAAGAAAGUAGAGAUUAUAAAUAUUUAUUCUAAAUUUGAUCUGAAACUUGGCUA